AUGAAGAAAGAACUCAAAGGAUGUAUUAGAAAAAUUAAGGAUUUUGAGAUAGAAUUAAUGAAGAUACUGUAUGGAAUGAGAAAAGUUCAUUAUGAGGCUUAUUUUUCAAAACAAGAUAGAUACAAUGAAUAAUUUUAAAAAAGAUAAAUUCUGUCCAUCACUAACACAGCAUGGCCUGUUUAAAAAAGGGAAGCUCAACCAGAUUUCGGAUCAUAAUCAUUAUUAAGAGAAAACAUAUACAACUUAAUUUACUUUUUGUUGAAGCGGAACUAAUCUGGUUUGAAAUUGAUAGAUGCUGCAUCAAAAGCAUGA